CAUCUACCGACAGCACCUAAAUAAUAUCAACAAUUCUAGAAACACUGGCAUUAAAAUUCGAUUGAUUGCCAAAAGUUUUCAAAGAUUUGAAAAAAAUGGAAGAAUGUGAACUUCGCAAUAUUUGUAGAGCGUGUCUUACUGAACAGGGGCAAUUCCAGUCAGUUUUUGUUCCAGAACCCAGCUCAGGCACUGCCCUUCAUAUAUCCGAGAUGAUGAGUGCCUGUGCUUCUGUCCAGGUAACUUUAGGAGAUGGUUUACCUGAACAAAUAUGUAAGUCUUGUGCCACUGACACCGUCAAUUUAUAUCUCUUUAAGCUAAAAUGUGAAAAAAGUGAUAAAUCUCUACGAGAGAGAUUAAAAAAGUCUUCUGAAAUAUACGAUGGUGUUUUUAUAAAGGCUGACGAUGUCAGCGGUUUAGAAGAUGAUGUAAAAUGUGAAGAACCAAGCAACAAAAAUGAAAUCGAAGAGAAUUUGCAGCACUUUGAUAAUUUCUUCGAUAAAUAUAGUGAAUACAGUGAUGAGGAUUCCAACGAUCCAAAAGAAGAAGAGGUUCCUAAAGACAAACCAAAAGUUAAAGAGUUCAAUUGUGAUAUUUGCAACAAGCAGUUUAGUAGAAACGACUUACUUUUAAGGCACAGGAUAGCACAUGCUAUGAAAAUGGAAGACCAGAAGAUGGAAUUCGACACUAGCUACCCCAUCGAAGAUGAUGACGACGAUGACAUCAUCGAUAUAAAAAGAGAAACAGACUUCGUUUAUUCGUGUAAUCGCUGCGAAACGAUUUUUUUACACAAAGAAGACCUAGACAGCCAUUUAAAAUCUCAUCUUAAAGAAGAGUAUAACGUCAGCUGUGAGAUAUGCCAGAAAAAGUUUUCUAAGCUGGCUCAUAUGAAUAGGCAUUUGAGAUCGGCGCAUUUUAUGGACAAACAAUUUAAAUGUGAGUUUUGUGAGAAGAGUUUCCAUAGACAAGAACAGCUUAGGAACCACAUGAACGGGCAUUCUGGUCUCAAACCACAUAUCUGUGAUAUAUGCUGUAAAGGCUUUAACCAAAUUUCAAAUUUGAGGGACCACAUGCGUACUCAUAAUGGCGAAAAGCCUUUUUUGUGUUCCACGUGUGGCAAAGGCUUUAAUCAACUGGGAAAUUUACGACAACACACAGUGAGACAUAGCGGAAUUAAAGCUCAUUUGUGUAGUACAUGUGGAAGUGGUUUCGCCAGUAAAGGAGAAUUGGGUGCACAUCUUAGAAAACAUACUGGUGCCAGGCCGUUUGUAUGUCAGGUGUGCAAUCACGGCUUUACCACGUCGAGUUCACUCACGAAACACAAACGAAUUCAUUCUGGCGAGAAACCAUACGAAUGUGAUACCUGUAAAAUGAAAUUUUCAAGAUCUGGUAUACUGGCUAGGCAUAAAAGGACUCACACUGGAGAAAAGCCUUAUAAAUGCAAGUUUUGUGACAAGGCUUUCUCACAGUCUAACGACCUCACCUCCCACCAAAGAAUCCACACCGGCGAAAAGCCGUUCAUAUGCGACGAAUGCGGCCAAGCGUUUAGACAAAGUUCGGCGUUGAAGACGCACAAAAAAACUCACGUUGAGAAGAAUCCAUCAGCAGUGCCUUCUACUUUGGAAAAAAUCGACAAAGCUGCAUGCGUCGUUGAAGCCAAACCGAUAUUCCUAACGGGGAUUUUAAAUACGGAGUUUUUGCCGGGUUUUUAGUGUAGAUUUGACAACGUUGAGAUUUGAAUUGAAGUGUUAACUUCCAGUUACUACUUUUUCUACUUUCAGUACUCAUCAUUCAUUUUUAACCGAGGAAAUGGACAUUACGUUACUUAGAAUAAAAAAUUAAAUUUAUUUUAUUGAUAAAGUUCAACAGUUUGACUUUCGUACAUCAUUCUAUAACUUAAAGCGGGUUAACAUUAGGAGAGAGUCAGCUAUUGGUGCGCACCUAAGGUUAAUUCAGGAUAUUUCACAAACUUGAAACAUUUCAGUUUUCAAAUUUUUUGAAGAUAUACUUCAAAGGCUUAGGUAGGUAUAUUGGUAGGUACCUCAUUUAAUGAAUGGUUGAACAGUAGAAGAAUGAGAGGCGAAAUUUCCAAUUAGUGUAAUGCGCACAAUUACCCGACCUAUUCGGCUAAUGGUGCGCAUAUGUCGGACAACUGUACGCAAUAAUAGAACGUAAAAAUGACCUUCGAAAAUGUAGUUAUUGAACAUAAAUAUUAAAGGCACAAACAAAUAUACGGAAAACGAUAAGAAACCAAGUUACAGAUAUUUUUAAAAAAUCUAAGUAUUGCAGACUAUCCUGUCGUAUACACAUGGCUUGAGACCAUUGACAAUAUAUCGAACACUUGUAUCAUACCUCGUCUUUUUUUGCUACCAUCACCGCAAUACACAGAAGUCAUUUUGAUCUGACACGAGAUCGUCCAACUCAUCAUCAUGGCAUAGUUUACUUUCUGAAAUAACUUCGAAGCUGUUGUGUUAAAAAAUUUUCCUUUUUUGUACCUUUUUUCAAUUUCGUGAUUUUCUCUUUGCCCUUUUCUCUACUUUGGCGGUUAUUUAACGCUUGUUUACCUUUUAUGGCGCAGUCACAAAACGUAAAAAAUGCCUUUAUAUACCUUGCCGGCUAAUGGUGCGCAAUGCGCACCAUUAGACGACGUUACACUUCACCACAUAACACAAAAUUUGAUAAAAACAAAAAAGAAUCGAGCAAAACUAACUAUAUCAGUGUUUAAAAUGGUAAAUAAAUAAAGGAUAUAAGUUCUAUAUAAACUAUAUUUCUGUCAAGAAAAAAGUUAUCGCUUAUUUUCUCAGAUACGCAAACAAUAUCAUACUAAGCGAAAACAUGUAAACGAUAACUGCCAACCGGUAAAGUAUCUCCCGACGUUCGUUUGUGUCGGAUAGAUAUGGCAGUUGCUACUAGAUGGCCCGACAAUAUAGUUUUUGCAAUUGUAUUAAAUAGGAGAUUAGAAACAUUGAUGCGCACAAUUACCCGACGCGCACAAUUAGCCGACUCUCCCCUACUAGUGAAUAACGAACGUGGCUCACGCUUACGUAGUUCACUCUUGCUACACAACUAAUGUAAACAGAUGUUCGUGCAGCACGAUUGUCUCACGAAUGGUCUACGCCACGCUACGUUAGACAUUAAACAUGUUAAAUAAUUUCACGCUCGAAAGACAGUCGUAGAUAGGUUGUAUUUGAUUAAGCACGAGCUUUCACCCUCAAAAAUGAGCGCCUGAAUAAACGGGAAACCGUUAAAUGUUGGAUUUAUGGAAGCAAUCCUGUACUCUGGAAUGAUUAUGACGCAAGGUAUAAAAAAAACCGCACGAAACGCAGCAGUAGAAAGAAUUGUUGCUCGGCUUAUAAUUGAAAAUUGUACAGCAAAACAUGUACACUAAAGAAAUAAUAGCUAUUAUUUCGCAGGUUGUAAUAGUAGCCUCUAGUACAAAUGAUGAUGCCAUAUCAACUGUUAACACAUAAAACUCUCGUGCCCAGUGUAAACACAAUAACGUUUCUCACGAAACGUAUUGCACAGAAGCGUAGAUUACGCUUGUUUUUAGUGUGAACCACGUUCGUUAUUCACUAGUAAUGUAAACCCGCCUUUAAGUUUACUGUGGAAAAGUCACUUUAAAAGAUGUAGUGGAAAGUGUAGGAUGAUUCUAUACAAAACUGUUACCCAGGUUUCAAAUAAACCUAUAAAUUUCAAUAAAAUGUCAAGUUUUGUCACUUAAAUGUACUUCAGUAAACUUUAAUGGUAAAAGUAAAGUGAAUUAAGUGCAUAAGUAAACUUAAGUGAAUUAACAUCCGGACCUGACAACUUUGGAUUACAUAUUUAAUUUUGGUACAAAAAGGAUAUUUUUAAGGUCCAUUUGAUUUAAUGGUGAAAUCGAAAUACUGUACUGAUUGUCCGCUUGAGAUUAAUGAUAGUUGUCAAAUAUCCAUUUCCAAACCAUGAUAAAUUGUAAGGCAGUUAACUGUCACUUAACACGUUGACGGACAGAACGUCUAUAGACGUCUAAUUUCCAUUGAUGUAAUGUGACACAACGUCUAUAGACGUUGCAUUUUUCGCUAUUCUACUUUGCAAAAUACAUAUUGGGACCGUGCAAGUUCGGAAAAGCGGCACCUGGUUUCAUAGCUCGGCAACUUUUUUCGCACUUUUAAUUAUAUUUGCCAAUCAUAUUCGUCCUCGUUGCUGGAUAAUUGUCAAGGCCGUAGCCCAAAAAAAAUUAUAAGAAGAAAAAGAAAAUUAUAAGAAGAAAAGUUUAGGUUAUGUUAUUAAAAGAUAAACAAUUGUAUGUAGUAAAUAAAAUUAGUUACUAAAAUUCAGUACUGCAAGCAAAAUACAGUUAAUUAAAUAUACUUAUAUAUAAUAAUUGCAUAUCAUAUCAAUAUUGUGAGCAACAUAUAAUUGCUCUUCUUCAAUGACAGUAGGUAUGAAAUAUACGUCAAUUUGACAAUUUCAGUUGAUAAUAUGAAUUAUUUAAGAAAGUUGCAAGAUUUUUUCGCUAUUAGCGCACGAUCGUUUCUCGUAUUCCCUCCAAGUACUUGCACACCGCGAAUAGUGUCACAACACUUGCUUAUACAUUUGACGCAGUGUCCGUCAACGUGUUAAAAAAAACUAUUAUUGGUUUAUGAUUAGAACUAAAGAGUCACCGUAUGUGUUUUUAUCUCACACUUCGUCAAAGUUUGUCUACUUUUAUAAGUUACGUACUGAAGUAUAAUUAAUCAUUUUGUUAAUCUUAAAUUAAAAUUGAAACUUUUGAAUAUAUUUGAAAAUUUUUUUAAUGAACGAUUCUCUAAAAUUAUUUUAAUUUGAUUUUUAAUAUGGUUAAAGUAUUAUUGUAAUUUUAAGUUAAAGAAUUAUAUUUUAAUGUUAUUGUAAAUAAAUAAUUUUGUUAAAA